AUGGCCAUUUCGAAUCUGGUCAGCCUAUCAAACAUAACUCUCCUCCAAAACGCCAUAGCCGCCAUCAAGCCCAUCACUUACAACUCAAUCACCACUGCAACCGGUGCUCCACCGAUUGCAAAUGAAACAACAUUAAUCGCGAAGUCUGCUGCCAAGCAGAAUCCCCAUGAAAAUGUGCCUCCUACAGUUCCACCGGUGGAUUCUAAGAACUUCUCGUGA